GAAUGAUGCAGCCAAAAUGAUACAAUUCUCCCUUCCCUCCACCCCCUAAAAGACAAAUCCACCAAUUCAAUGGUUGAAACUUUCUUAUGCACUUGUCUUCUAUAUCAUCUCUGAGAAACAGCAUGCUCCAGGUUUUGUUUUGAAACACCAUCAAAGUGAAGAAAACAAUGUUUUCUAUCAGAACAAACUCACUUCUUCUUCUGUCAACUUCCCUCUUCAUUUCUUCAACCAUAGGAACCAUUGCUGAUUAUGAGUACGGUGUCGUUUCAUGGGCGAUGAGGAGGUCUGUUCUUGAAGAUAACAAUGCAGAACAUGUAGAGGAUAACUCAUCUUUGAUAUUGGCUGCAAGCAGAACUCACAGAAAGGACCCUCUUGACGAUUUUAAAUGUUAUAAAGGUGGAUGGAAUAUCAAAGAAAAGCAUUAUUUCUCUUCUGUUGUGUUCACAGCUGCUCCCCUCUUCCUCAUUGCUGCUGUAUGGUUUGUUGGAUUUGGCCUCUGCUUGUUAGUUAUCAGUUUAUAUCAUUGCUGCUGCCAGCGCCGCAGUUAUGGCCAUUCUCGAACUGUUUAUGCAAUUUCUCUUGUCUUUCUUAUACUCUUCACCAUUGCCGCAAUCAUUGGAUGUGCAGUUCUGUAUACAGGGCAAGGAAAGUUCCAUAAAAGCACAGCAAACACACUGGAAUAUGUUGUGAAUCAGUCGGAUACUAUUGUCAGUAAUCUUAGGAUUGUAUCAGAUCAUCUAUCAGCAGCCAAGUCAAUUGGGGUUGAUCAAAUUCCUCUGCCUCCCACUGUCCAGAAUGGCAUUGAUGGGGUAGACAAGAAAAUAAAUUCUUCAGCUAGCAAUCUUGAAAAGGAGACUGAUAAAAAUGCAAAUGAUAUACAUAAGAUUUUAGAUGCUGUAAGGAAAGCUUUAAUCAUAAUUGCUUCUGUAAUGUUCCUCUUGGCCAUACUCGGUUUCUUAUUUUCAGUUAUUGGCAAAGAAUUUCUUGUGUACAUAUUGGUAACUUUGGGGUGGAUCCUUGUCACAGGCACAUUUAUAUUGUGUGGCGUAUUUCUCAUUCUCCAUAAUGUGGCUGGUGACACUUGUCUUGCAAUGGAUCAAUGGGUUAAAAACCCAACAGCUCAUACAUCUUUGGAUGAUAUUCUGCCCUGUGUAGAUAAUGCAACUGCCCAGGAGACCUUGUCUCAAACCAAAGAAGUAAUCUCCCAGUCAAUUGCUGUUGUGAAUCGUUUCAUCACUAAUGUGUCUAACAUUAACUAUCCGCCCGCAGCCGGACCUCUAUAUUACAAUCAAUCUGGUCCCUUGGUGCCUGUCCUCUGCAAUCCAUUCAACUCUGACAGGACUGAUAGACAAUGUGCUGCUGGUGAAGUGGACUUUACCAAUGCAGCUCAGGAAUGGGGGAAUUACAUCUGCCAAGUUUCAGCAAAUGGUAAUUGCAGUACUGCGGGCAGAUUGACUCCUGUUUUCUAUGGCCAGAUGAUGGCUACUGUCAAUGUAAGCUAUGCGUUGUAUCAGCAUGGUCCAUUUCUUAUUCAGCUGGGAGAUUGCACUUUUGUUCGUGAAACAUUUAAUGUCAUCACUAAGGAUCAUUGUCCAGGCCUGAAGCAUUAUAGUAAAUUAAUAUUUGUGGGGUUUGUUAUGGUUUCUAUUGCAGUUAUGCUCUCUUUGAUCUUCUGGUUUCUUUAUGCCAGAGAAAAGAAACACCGGAAGCACACCAAAGAUUUCAGAGUCAUAAAAUCUGGUGAAGAUGUCCCAGAAGAGGAGAAAGUUAUGCAGUGAGAUUCAGAUUUGUAUAUGUUAAAGUUAAUCCAAUUUUUAUAUGGUGUAGAAAUCUUUUAGAAUCAUUGUUCUGUGCAGCCACCAGUUAUUGAAUCUGGUGGAUUUGACUGAAUAUUUGCUGUACUGCAUUGUUAAUGCGAAAAAGUUUUAAGGUGUUCCAUGAGCAAUUAAGUUUUUAAAAC